CAUGGGGAGCAAAAAGGAAAUGGGUAAGAGAUAUUAACGAGUGUGGGGUUUUUAAUACAGAUGUGCAAGUUUUAUAUAAAACGUGUAUAUUUUCAUAUGGAUCCCAGUUGUGUUUUUAGGAAAAUAAAAAAAAAUUAGGAAAAUAAAAAAAAAUAAAAAUAAAAUUGUGUAUUUAGGAAAAUAAGGAGGAAUAUUCUCCUCCUUGGGCAGGUCUCCCAGGCAGCUGACAAUGAGAGGAUUCCCCUUGUUCCUCUGCCUCUUCUCCGUGUCCUGCUGGGUGAAUUUGAUGCCAACAGCUGGCGACAAAAUCUUCCACUUUGGAACCUGCAGGGUUUCCAUGAGCAUGACAGAGAUCAGGGCUGGCUUCACAGCAAUUAAAGCCAAUAUUCAAUCCAGAGACCCCAUCCGGACCCUGAGCAUCCUGUCCCACCCUCACUCCCUCCACAAGGUGAAGUCUUCAGACAGGUGCUGCAUCACUCAUCAGCUCUUCACCUUCUACGUGGACAAAGUUUUCAAGCACUGCAGGACCGAGGACUCGUUUGUGAACAGGAAAAUCAGCAGCAUUGCCAACUCCUUCCUCAGUGUGAGGAGGAAGCUCGGGCAGUGUAGUGAGCAGAAUAAUUGUGUGUGUGGGGAGGAAUCCACGGAGAAAUUCAAGCAAAUACUUGCAAACUACGAAGGGCUGAAUGUCACAUCUGCAGCCAUGAAAUCCCUGGGGGAGCUGGACAUCCUCCUGGACUGGAUGGAGAAAUCUCAUUAGUAGGCAGUGUUAAUUACCCACGGCGGCUGCAGGGGCUUUGCAGAGAUGGGAGGGACAAGAAAUCAGGAAUCAGUGCAGCUCCUCAGCAGCCCCAGCUGCAUUCAGGCAAACAUGGAGCACUCUGCCAGCCAGGGACAUCAGCAGAAUCUUCAUUAAGAGGGAAAUAACGAGUUUGAUUAAACCAGCAUCGCCCUCACUGCUACCAAAGGGUGCCCCCAGGGAAAACCCACAAGGGUUUCUCCUGCUGGCAGACAUAAGCUGUGAUCAUGUCAUAAAAUUAUUGUUGAAAUUACAGAUUUUUUUUUUUUUUUGUCUAGGGGAUGUGGGGAAUGAGUGCUGAGAGCUGGCUGGGAGGACUCUGGUGCAGCUGAUGUUGAAUAAACCUGGGCUUGGUCUCAGGGCUGCUGCCACUGAUGGAUCUGGCUGAAAUGAGAAGUACAGUGUGAGAAAUGCUUCCAAGAAUAGGUCCUAGCAGGUAUGUCAGGCCUUAGAAAUCUGUGUUUCCUCUUGAGACAAUAUUUUCUGCCUUAUCAGUAAAAAAGUUUCUGUGCAAGAUAUGU